AACUGAAGAAGCUUCUCGGAUGAGAGGUGAAACGUCUUUAAGCAACUCAAGAAGUCCAGACGCUUUUCUUUCCAAGCUCCUUAGUCUACGAUGACCUGGAUGACUGAGAACCUUCACAGACGUUAAAACGAGAUAUGAUGCACUGUUGUAUUAUCCCGUUUGGAGAGAAAACACGGAAAAGACGCAAAAUUUAAGCCCUGGUGGAAACAGGAGGUAAGGCGUCAGGUAUCCAGACGUCACGCAGGUAUCGGCGAAAGGUGUGGCGAGAGUUGUGUUCACUGGCUUGUUUGAAAGCACACAAAGCCGUCGAGCUGGAAUAUCUGCCCGCAACACACCCGCCUUUAGAGAAAAGAAGCUUGGACGAUCGUUCAGGCUGUUUUGUUUUUUAGUUACCAACAAAGUUUACCCCUCAAAAAACAGCCAAAAUGAGCAAAAUCUCCAGUUUGUUCAAGGGGGGCUCGAAACACAAGUCGAAGGGAGGCCCUUCGGCCCAGGAGGCCAUCCACAAACUCCGGGAAACAGAAGAAAUGCUGACAAAGAAGCAGGACUACCUGGAAAAGAGGAUAGAGCAAGAACUUGCAAUAGCCAAGAAGCACGGCACGAAGAACAAGAGGGCUGCCCUGCAGGCCUUGAAGAGGAAAAAGCGUUUGGAGCAGCAGCUCACCCAGAUUGAUGGCACGCUCUCCACCAUCGAAUUUCAGAGGGAAGCUCUGGAGAACUCGCACACCAACACGGAGGUCCUGAAGAACAUGGGCUAUGCUGCCAAGGCCAUGAAGAAGAUCCAUGAGAACACGGAUUUGGGGAAGAUUGAUGAUCUGAUGGCAGAUAUCACCGAGCAGCAGGACGUGGCCCAGGAAAUCAGUGAUGCUAUCUCCAGACCUUUUGGGGAAACAUUUGAUGAGGAUGAACUGUUGGCUGAGCUGGAGGAGCUAGAGCAGGAGGACCUUGAUGAAAGUAUGAUGAGUAUGGGCGGACUGCCCAGCGUUCCCAGCUCCAAACUGCCUUCAUCAAGAUCCAAUGAGCGCGCAACAACCAGGAGAAAGGUUGAAGAGGAAGACGACAUGCGGAUGCUGGCAUCGUGGGGAACUUAAGUACACUGAGGCAGCCUGUUUCCUGAAGAAAGCACACACAGAACUAUAUAAGGAUCUCUUUCUCCCAGUCUUUUUAUUAUUAUUAUUGAAAGCCAGCAACAUAUUAUGUUUAAGUAAACUUUCAGCUACAUGACUAGUAAUAUUUAUCAAGAAGUAAAGGAAUAGGAUUUUGUUCCCAUGUGUGAGGGCUUUUUGUUGUUGUUGUUGUUGUUGUUGUUGUUGUUGUUUUUUCUUUUAAUGGAAAUCUAUGGAAGGUCGUUUCUGCCACUACAAUAAAAAAGAUUUGCCAUAUACAAUUCAAAAUUUUGUGUUAAUAUCUCACAAUUUUGGGUUUGUGUAUCUUAAAUGUCUGAGAAACUAACUUGAACUUGAAAAAUUACAAAUUUUGACAUCUGGAUGGAAAUUGUUUGCCUUCUGUGUCAGAAACAAACUUCCAUAGAAACCACACUAAUCUAUGACAGAAAAUUUCUAAAGGGUCAAUGAAAUUGUAGCUAGGACUCGACAAAUGCUUUUAUAACUUAGGGCAAAACUGUACUUCAUUCAGCUGUAAAUAACUUCUGCAUUAAUGUUGUAAAUAUAGGCUAUUGCUUUAUCCCUGUUCCGCAAUAAAAGUCUUAUGCAUAUCUCAAAA